CACUGCUUGGGCCCCAACAGGGCUGUGGUAGCCAUGCGACUCUUCGUGCGCGAUGUCGUGGGCAACACUCAGCCUGUGGAGUGCAGCCCGGAUGGCAGCGUCGGGGCACUGAAGGCCCAGAUUGCAGGCAAUGACGCAAGCGAGCUGGCAGUCCUCUUCGGCGGCUCAUCCUUGUCGGAUGAGAUGCUGCUGUCCGAGUGUGGCCUGCAGGAGGAGUCAACCCUCUUCCUUUCGGCAGAGCUAUGCGGUGGCGGCAAGAAGCGCAAGAAGAAGACCUACACCAAGCCGAAGAAGAUCAAGCACAAGAGGAAGAAGGUCAAGCUUGCUGUUCUGAAGUUCUACAAGGUCGACUCCAACGACAAGGUGACCCGUCUUCGCCGAGAGUGCCCACAUGAGACCUGUGGGCCUGGU